GCUAACUCCAGAGGCUUGGUUUGUAGCUGUUAGCAGCAGACUGACUGCACGUCCUGUGGGCUUGGCUCCGUCUGACAACGCCCGCUCGACUGGGAGAACCAGAUAACACUCACUUUGACUUGUUCUUUGAAUGAGGGGAUCCUUUGUCAGGUCAGCAAGAGUGAAAUAGACUUUCACAAGCCAGAGAUGAAAGAAAAGUCCAUAAUUUCUGACCUGCACUUGAAGUUUGCUGAAAGGACCUGGAAUGACACUUUUCAGCUUGUCCGAAGAUGCAUGGAGAAAUCCAGAGAUGAAUCCAAACCCUGUGAGCUGCUGGUUAGAUCCCUGGAAAGGCUCCAGCAAGAGGUUAAUGUGUCCUCUAUGAAUACCAUGAGGUCUCGUCUGGAAAUGAUAGCCACACAACAAGGAAUGGGCUUUCAUGUUACUGAGGCCACAUGCUACCUCACAGCUGACUUGUUCUACCUGGAGGUGGUGUUGGCGCCAUGUGGUGGGGUGGAGGAGGUAAAGGUGGCCCCACAUGGAGCACCCCCUGUGUCCAGCGACUCCCUUCUGCAGCUGCUGAGGUUAAAGAAUUUUGCUGACUUCUCUGUGAAACUGGCAGGUCUCUUUACCCAGUACAACAUCCCUGGAGACAAUGAAAUCAAAUUAAAACUGUUAAUGUCUCUGCAACACCUCGGGAGAGACUUGGAGCAGAUAUCACAUUUGCCAAGGGCACCAAAGGACUGUGACCCUGAAAUGGACAUGAUUAACAAUGGCAGCGUUGGGUGUCUAACAAUUGGAAAAGAAGAUUGCCCCUUGACUAUCCAGUUCUAUAUCACCCCAACUGAUGUGAAGAAAACAGAUUCACACACAAAGGCAGUUGCUCAGGCAGCCCAGGUGACUGUCUGUGCCAGUAAUGUGACUCACAAGCUUCAGAUGGCAUCUGUGAUCCCACAGCCUGCACAGCUGGAUCCCCAGGGUUAUCCUGUGUUCCUGCCAUUGAAUGAAGUGGCAAAUGAGACACUGCCUGCCUGCUUUCUCCUCAAACUGCAGCCAGCCGUACCAAUGAUGAUGUCUUUUGUAAACAAGCUGAGCAUAAUUACAGAUGUGACUAUACCAGAUGUUGACCUGCAGUGGGCACCCUUACCCAAGCUUCUGAUGAGAGGGUCACUGAGUCUAAACAACCAUGGGGAGAGAUUAGAUGAGCAGGAUACUAUUUUUACAGUGCCUGUUCCUGGUGAUGUGAUGCACAGUUAUAUUCUCCCCGGAGCUGCAUGGGAGGCGCCUGCACAGAGAGGGACAGUGAUGGACAGUAUUCCCUUCACCCACCCUGCCCAUGUUCCGGCUGUACUGGAGCUGCUGCGCCAUCAGUGUGUCAUUAACCUCCUGCUGAGGAGCUGUAUCAGUUCUCAGUGGGCCAGUCCAGGUUCGGUUUGUGACCUGCACUUUGAAGUCCUUCCAGAGUCUGACACCAGCUUUUCUGUGACCUUCAACCCCCCUAGCACCAACUCCCUCGCUGUUUUGCUGGUGAACAUAUCAGAUUCUCAUCAGAUCACCUGCAGCUUGUUUGCAGCAGGAACAUGUGAUCCAUCCUUGGAUGAAUACAUCACCACUGUUAUGAAGAGGUGCAUGUCCGUUCCUGAGACCCUGACGACAUUAUACAGUAAGCUCGAGGAAAUAACCUCUGCCCUACUUUCUCCUGGCCGCCGGGCCACCACUGAAGCCGAAAAUGACGAGUCAGCUCCCAAGAGCGCCACUGUGACGGACACUAACAGCGCCUUGACCGAGAUCUCCCAGAGAGCAGCUGUGCCAGAGGACAGCUUCAGCAUCUCUGGUUCGGCCCACUAUGCCAUGUCUGUCGCCAAUUCUGAGCUUCCUCCUGAAAUAAAUACGAGUCCUGUUGUCAACCCUUACCCAUUCACUCCUGCGGGUGUGUUUCCACAUUGGAUUGGCAAUAAUGGUCAACUCUCAGAGCUAACCUAAACCUGUUGGUGAUGUUCUGAAGUGUUUUUAUUAUUUUUUCUAAAGAAGUGAAUAAAUGUUCUGGUAAAGCA